AUGGGCGAUAGACUCACUCAAUUGCAAGAUGCUGUGGACCAGCUGGCCCAGCAGUUCGUCGCGAGCUUCCACUUCGUCCACCGACGUCACGAUCUCGAGCUCCUAGGGCCCAACGAUAAGAUUAGAGAGGUUAAGCAAGACCCCGAACAGAAGGAGGUCGACCCCCUCCCGCCCGACGAGUUCAAGGAUGGCCUAGCUGAGCUGGCGCGCGACUUAAUUAUCAAGGAGCAACAGAUUGAGGUCCUCAUAUCCACUCUCCCAGGUCUAGACAGCAGCGAGGCCGACCAGGAGCGCUACAUUCGAGAGCUGGAGGACGAGCUGAAGGUCGCCGAGGCGCAAAGGCAAGAUGCGAUCAAGGAGAAGGACCAGAUCUUGGCAAAACUUGACGAGGUGAUCAGGAGUAUUCGACGGCCGUGA